ACCACUCACGCAGCUCGCGCAAGGAAUAAACGCCUCCUCACGCCACGGACAGUCAUAUCCCACAGGGCCGCCCAGCCAUUUCUCCCAACUCCACACCUCCCCGAUCCCCCAAUCACGUACACUGCUCAAGGUGACUGGUCCCUGACUCCCAAGACCACAAUAGACGAGCCCGUCGACGAUAUCGGUGAGGCACAGGCGCGCCGCCGCACAUACGGACGUCGGAAAGGCACUAGAAGACUAAUAAAUAAAACGGUUGCCACGGAUCAGACAGCCCGUUUUGGGAAGGCCGAUUCGUGA